AUAUGACGAAGCCGAAGAUGUCGGCCCUUGUGGCCUCCGCCAUUCGAAAUUUGCGAGAUAUCCGCGGCUCCACGUCCAAGGAAAUCAUGAAUUACAUCAAGUCGCAAUACGCUAACUUGUCGGAUUCCAGUGUACAGAAACAGAUAUACACUGCUUUGAAACGUGGCUUGGAUUAUGGUAUCCUAAAGAGGGACCGCGGUUAUUAUAGCCUGAAUAUUGAUCCUGACAUGUUGUACAAAGCAUCCACCGUAGCACCCUUGGAACAAGGCAGGAGAGGAAGGAGACGAAGAAGGCGAGGACGUGGCCGUAGAAGAGUAUCGCGGCGAAGGCGAGGCCGUCGCGCAAGAAGGGGAGUCGGAAGGGGUAGAAGGGGGAGAGGAAGGAGGGGGAGGGGGAGGAGAAGCAGAAGAAGAAGAAGCAGAGGAAGGAAGAGAGAAACUCCUCCAUCUAGAACGAGAUCCCUCGCGACCAGGUGCAACAAGUGCUCGUCCAGAAAACGCACGGAGGAUACCUUGAGGAAGACUCCGAUGGAGAGCCUUAGGAAGGAUAUGACUUACUCGUACAAGACGGGCACUGACAACAAAACGCCGUCCAGACAACAGAGCCGUAGCCGGGAUCGAAGUCAGACUCGCAGCCAAUCGAGCAGCAGCGACAAGGAGAUGAUCGACGAUCGAAAUCACGAUCAACCGUGA